AGAGAGAGGGGGAAAAAACAGAGGUUAAAAAAACGAUGAUGCAACUGGGUGGUACUCCGACCACUACAGCGGCGGCUACAACCGCCGCAACCGCUACAGCACCUCUACAAUCAAACAACAACGAUUCAGCGGCUACAGAAGCAGCGGCAGCAGCGGUAGGGGCGUUUGAGGUAUCAGAAGAGAUGCACGACCGUGGUUUUGGAGGAAAUCGUUGGCCGCGGCAGGAAACGCUAGCGUUGUUGAAAAUACGAUCUGACAUGGGAAUAGCGUUUCGAGACGCUAGCGUUAAAGGUCCCUUAUGGGAAGAGGUUUCUAGGAAAAUGGCGGAGCUUGGUUACAUAAGAAACGCAAAGAAAUGCAAAGAGAAAUUCGAAAACGUUUACAAAUACCACAAACGAACCAAAGAAGGCCGUACCGGAAAAUCCGAAGGCAAGACUUAUCGCUUCUUUGAUCAAUUAGAAGCUCUCGAGUCUCAAUCAACAACCUCACUCCAUCAUCCUCAACCGCAAUCGCAACCGCUUCAACCUCGACCACCCCAAAACAACAACUCCAUAUUUUCAACUCCUCCUCCGGUAACGACAGUUAUGCCGCCGGGAGCAAACAUGAGUACACUUCCUUCUUCAUCAAUUCCUCCGUAUACUCAGCAGAUUAAUGUACCUUCGUUUCCAAACAUCUCCGGUGAUUUUCUAUCGGAUAAUUCGACAUCGUCUUCUUCUUCUUAUUCGACUUCUUCUGAUAUGGAGAUCGGUGGUGGAACUACGACUACAAGGAAGAAAAGGAAGAGGAAAUGGAAGGAAUUUUUCGAGCGGUUGAUGAAACAAGUUGUUGAUAAACAAGAGGAGCUUCAACGCAAGUUCUUGGAGGCUGUUGAAAAGCGAGAACAUGAGAGAUUGGUUAGAGAAGAAUCUUGGAGAGUUCAAGAAAUUGCAAGAAUCAACCGCGAGCACGAGAUCUUAGCUCAAGAACGCUCUAUGUCCGCCGCUAAAGACGCUGCUGUUAUGGCCUUUCUUCAAAAACUGUCAGAAAAACAACCGAAUCAGCCAACUGCCGCACAACCACAACCACAACCGCAACAAGUUCGACCGCAAAUGCAGCUGAAUAAUAACAACAAUCAGCAGCAAACGCGUCAACCGUCUCCAGCUCCACCUCCACCUCCGCUUCCGCAGCCAAUUGAAGCCGUUGUGCCAACUCUAGACACUACGAAAACGGACAACGGUGAUCAGAAUAUGACUCCAGCUUCAGCGAGUUCCUCCCGGUGGCCCAAAGUGGAGAUAGAAGCGUUGAUAAAGCUGAGGACGAAUCUUGAUUCAAAAUAUCAAGAAAACGGACCAAAAGGACCAUUGUGGGAAGAGAUAUCAGCGGGAAUGAGAAGGUUAGGAUUCAACAGGAACUCAAAGAGAUGCAAAGAGAAAUGGGAAAACAUAAACAAAUACUUCAAGAAAGUCAAAGAGAGCAACAAGAAACGUCCCGAAGAUUCCAAGACUUGUCCUUACUUUCACCAGCUCGAUGCUUUAUAUAGAGAGAGGAACAAAUUCCACAGCAACAACGUCAACAUCGCAGCAGCUUCUUCUUCUGCUCCCGGUCUUGUUAAAACGGAUAAUUCUGUUCCGUUGAUGGUCCAACCAGAGCAGCAAUGGCCUCCAGCAGUAACAACGGCAACUACUACAACUACUCCCGCAGCUGCUGCGGCUCAGCCUGAUCAGCAUCCUCAGCCGUCCGAUCAAAACUUUGAUGAUGAAGAAGGUACAGAUGAAGAGUACGACGAUGAAGAUGAGGAUGAGGAGAAUGAAGAAGAGGAAGGAGGUGAGUUUGAGCUUGUGCCUAGCAACAAUAACAACAACAACAAGACGACGAAUAAUCUGUAAUGAUGGUGAUUCGAGUUCGAACCAGAUCGGUGGUGAAAGAUUAGUAAUCUUUUUUAAGUUUUGAUACAGAAGAUGAGAAUUU